AUGGCAGGUGUGGUGUACCCCAGACAGGCCCCUGUGGACUUAGACAUUUACCAAAGCUCCUACAUGGUCGACUAUAAACCGUACGGGAAGCACAAAUACUCCCAGGUCACAUCGCAAGAGCAAAUGAAGCUGGACACCCAACUCCAGAACAAAGAGUUUUAUAGGCCAAUCCCCAGCCCCAACCCCAAGCUGGAGGAUGGAUACCCUGCCUUCAAAAGACCUUUCAUGACUGCCAAAGACCUGGGACACCCUGGUUUCUUCCCGUCACAGGACCUGGUGACCACUGCGGAGGACGAAUGCAGGUUCACCAGUAUCUGCCCUUCCAUGUACCCAGUUUCCCAUGCUCUGUACCUGGCCCAUGGUGACCCAAACCUGGUCCACCAGAGCGCCGACUUUCCAUGCCUGCUGGAGCCCCAGCGCCAGCCUGCUGCAGAGGAGGACAAAGGCUACAUCCUACUGCCUGGUUGCUCCUGUCCUCAUCACUGUAGAGUCAAGGUCCCCAUCUUGAACCGAUGGGGACCCUUGAUGCCAUUCUACCAGUAG